GACCUUUAAUUGAAUCGCAAAGCAGAAAAGCGAGAACCAUGGCGGCGGUCUUGUUGGCGAGAUUGUACUUUCGCUGUGUGGUACGCUUUUCUGACCGAGAGUACAAAGGUUGAAGGAAUAAUACUGUGGAAAUUGAAACAGGAAAAAUAAUGAGUCACUCCAGUGAAUCCAGUGAAUCAGAUGAUGGUGGAGAUGAUCAAGAAGGAUCUUCUUUUUCGGAAACAAACAUUGAGGAUGCUCUAACAUCUUUCAGAGAGCAAUGGCAACGUGAAUUAGAAAUAUCGCCAAAACGGGAUCGACCAAAAACUCAAUCCACAAAAGCAGUUAAAGUUGAUGUUUCUAAUGAUGAAGAAUCUAUUGAAAGCAAGGCAAAAAAUUUAUUUUUGAAAGGAAUUGAAUAUGAGGAAAGAAGGAAAUUUUAUGAAGCAAUUCAGUUCUAUAAACGUGCUGUGUUAUUAGUUCCUGAUAUUGAAUUUCGUUUAUAUGAAUCAACUAAAGUAAAAACAAAUGAUGAUGGUCACGAAGGAUUUGAUAAUGACAUAAAUAAUAUUGAUGAUAAUGUUGGAAACCAUAAUGAAGAAGAUGAAGAAGAAAGUGAUUUAUAUGUUAAAUUAUGCAAAAUCAUAAAUCAAAAUAAAUGCGUUUGUUUUCCUAAAUUUGAACAAACUACAACACAUAUUUCUGCCUUGCCUAUGGAAAUAGUAUUAUAUAUUUUAAGAUGGGUUGUAUCCUCAGAACUUGAUUUAAGAUCUCUUGAAAUGUUCUCUAGAGUAUGUCGUGGAUUUUAUAUAUCUGCAAGAGAUACAGAAAUCUGGAGACUUGCUUGUGUUAGAGUAUGGGGUGUGAAUUGUGGAACUUAUGCUCCAAAAUAUCAAUCAUGGAGAGAUAUGUACUUGCAACGGCCUAGACUGAGAUAUAAUGGAUGUUAUAUUAGUAAAACCAGUUACAUUCGUGAUGGUGAAAAUAGUUUCCAAGAUCGAUUUUAUAGACCUUGGCAUCUGGUGGAAUACUUCAGGUACCUGAGAUUUUUUCCCGAAGGAAGAGUUUUGAUGCUAACUUCAACUGAUGAGGCCCAAAGUUGUGUAAAUUCUUUAAAAUAUCGCACUCCGCGCAAUUCAUCGGUUCUUAUUGGUCAUUAUAGAUUACAUGAUAAUUGCGUCAUUUUAAUGCUCAAAAAACAAGAAAUAAAAGGAGUUAGUACAUAUAGAAAAAAGAAAAAAGAAACUAUGCAUGAUAGUGGAGAACAAACAUUUCAUAUUGAAUUUGAAAUUCAAGAUCACCACAGACGGUUAAAUUCGCAAUUGAAAUGGUUAAGUUAUACGAUAUUUACAAAGUAUAGAAAUGGCCAUGAAGCAAAAAUGUGUUUAAAGGAACCAUCUGUAAGAGAAUGGAGAGUAUCAGCUAUUGGCGGACGAUAUCCAUCACUUAAAUUUAGCAGAGUUAAAAGUUAUACUCAAGAAAGUGAAGCUCCUUUACAGUAAUUGUAAUUAAAUAUAAAUUUGGUGGGUUUGAUUGUAAAAAUACAUAAUGAAAUGAAAAUUUAAGAGAAGACUAUAUUCUUCAAACAAAACGUUAAAACUUGUACAAAUACAUUCUUGAUGUAUUACACGUUAAUGUUACAUUUUUCUGCUUAUAAAAAUGUAUUCUAAAUAUGUCGUAAUGAAAAAAAUUUUAUUCUUAAGUCAUUAUUGAAAUAUUUUUUAGAUAAUUUUUAUUAACCUAAUAUUUAAUUCUCGCGUUACAGUUUUCUCUUAAAUUUUAUCAUCUACAUUAUUUUUCAUAUAGAUAAUGCGUGAAUGAUUCAUAGAUUUAAUAUAUUGUUUAUCAUACACUUAUAUAUGGUGCUUUUAACAUAGGUGCUUUUAUUUCAAAAUAUAUUAUUUUCGUUUUU